AUGGUAGAUCACUCCGAGGCGGUGUCCGAGUUCAUGGCAUUCACGGGAGAGGAUGAGGCCACAGCGCGAGCGAUGCUGGAGGCCACUGGCGGAAAUGUCGAGCAGGCGGUGAACCUGUACUUCGCAGCAGAGCCGGCUGGGGCUGGCGAGGCGGCCGCCCCCGAGCUGCCGCCCCUGGAGGACGACGAGGCCAUGGCCCGCCGCCUGCAGCAGGAGGCGGCGGGGCCCGCGCCGGCGGCGGGCGGGGCCGGCCCCGAGGAGGAGGCGGUGCGGGCCCCCAUGCGGCAGUGGACCGGCUACAUUGACGCGGAGCGGCUGACCGAGGAGCUGCUUCCCUUUUUGGAGCACGACAUUCACGACCCAGACGCCUCUCGCCUGGCACGCCGCUCACGCUCCUCCCGCAGAGACCUGGCCCCGCAGCAGCAGGCGCAGCAGGCGCAGCAGGCGCAGCAGGCGCAGCAGGGUCCCAGGGCGAUGGAUGAGGAUGAGGAGCUGCAGCGUGCGCUAGAGAUGAGCAUGGCUGGCGGCGGCGGCGGCGGCGCCGUGCUGGGCAGCGGCUUUCCCAGCGGCGCCGCAAGCUCCGGCUUUGGCACGGACAUUGAGGAGGAGGAAGAGGAGGUGGAGGAGGAGGCCCCGGCGGCGGCUGGCGGCGCGGCGUUGCCUGCAGCGCGCCCGGCCGCAGAGGUGCAGGCGGAGGCGGCGGCACGCCUGCCGCAGGAGCCUUCCGACGGCAGCGGCUGCAGGAUAGCGGUGCGCCUGCCAGACGGGCGCCGCGCCCAGCGCCGCUUCCCGGCCGGUACCGCUCUGGCCGCCGUCUACGACUUCUGCCUGUCGCAGAGCGAGGAGGCGGGGGGCGGGCGCAGGUUCAGCCUGUCGCAGGGGUUCCCAGGCGCGCCAGCGUUGGACGAUCAGCAGCAGACGGUGGAGGCUGCGGGCCUGAAUGGCGCCAUGCUGGUGCUCAAGUGGCAGGACUGA